AUGCCUAUUCUUCACAAGUAUUAUCAAGCAGGAGAUCUUACCAUUGCCAGCAUAAUUUCUCAGUCCCUCCUCAUUUCAGAUGUGGUAACAUUCAGAAGACAUCCUAAUGAAGAAAUGAUCCAUGAGACCAUCUUGGGAUUCAACAUUUAUAAUAAUUAUUUUAGACCAAGUUUAACUUUUCAGUCCUCAAUGGAACUUCUUUCUUCAAGGGGUAAAUUUAUUCCUAACUACAAAUGUGAUAUACAGAAUAUUCCAGUAGCAGUCAUUGGGGGACCUAACUCUAACAUCUGUCUUCACAUGGCAGCCAUCCUGAGAAACUACAAGAUACCACAGGUCACCUAUGCCCCAGCUCCAGAAAUAAAUAGCCAAACCCAAGGCCGUUUCUUCCACUGGAUGUUUCCCAAUGGGCACCAUCAAUAUACAGGAAUUGUCCAGCUGCUGCUGUAUUUCAAGUGGACAUGGAUUGGGGUGGUUUAUCUCAGUGUUGACAGUGCAGAGACUUUUAUACACAAUAUGCUACCCAUCUUUAUCCAGAGUGGUAUUUGCCUUGAUUUUAUAGAAAAAAUACAUCUUUCUAGUGAUGUUGCUGGAACAAUCAUAUCAGGGAUUGCAAUGUACAACAUCAUCCUGGAAAGCAGUGCCAAUACAGUGGUCUUUCAUGGUGAAAUUCAGGAUAUGACCUAUUGGAGAAUUUUGCACCGUUUGUUUGAAUUUGAGGAAAUGUCAAUGAAGAAACAAGGCACUGUCUGGAUUAUGACUGCAGAAAUGGAUUUCACCUCAGUUUCCUUUCAAAAAAGUUGGGACACAGAUUUUCUCCAUGGCGCUCUGUCCUUUUCAGUUCAGUCAAAGGAUGUGCCAGGAUUCAAGAAAUUUGUUGAGUCAAGAAAGCCAUAUUUGGAUAAAGAAGAUGGUUGCAUCAUGGACUUCUGGGAGCAGGCAUUUAACUGUUUUUUCCCCACAUCCAUGGUACAGAAGGCUGGAAAUGUCUGCACUGGUGAGGAGAAAAUAGAGACUCUCCCAGGAUCUGUUUUUGAAACUGGCAUGACCAGCCACAGCUAUAGCAUCUACAAUGCUGUCUAUGCUGUGGCAUAUGCUUUGCAUGCCAUCCUUUUAUCCAUUUUGAAGCACAAAACAAGGGUGCACAGAGAGAGAUGGAUACUUCUGAAUCAUCACUCACUUCAGCUUCACCAUUUUCUGAGAAGCGUCUCAUUUAACAACAGUGCUGGAGAAGUGGUUUCCUUUGACCAAACUGGAGAAUUAGUAGGCGGAUUCAAUAUUAUAAACUGGGUCACUUUUUCAAACCAAACUUUUCUUAGAGUAAAAGUUGGAAGAAUAGAUCCCAACGCUCCUCCAGAUAAAGUGUUUGAAAUUUCUGAGGAUGCCAUUGUUUGGCCCAGCAUAUUUAACCAGAUUAAGCCUCUUUCAUUGUGUAAUGACAAUUGCCACCCAGGUUAUAGAAGGACCAAGGAAGAAGGGAGACCAUUUUGCUGCUACAGCUGCCUUCCAUGUCCAGAAGGGAAAAUUUCAAACCAAACAGACACAGAUGACUGUUUUCAGUGUCCAGAAGAUCAGUAUUCAAGCAGUGACCAUAAUUUAUGCAUAUCAAAAACUCUAAAUUUCUUGUCUUACCAAGAACCUUUGGGGAUUUGUUUGGCCAUUUCUGCUCUUGCUUUUUCUUUCAUCACAGCUGUAGUACUAGGAACCUUCAUGAAGUAUCACAAAACUCCUCUAGUCAAGGCCAACAACCAGAACUUAUCCUAUACUCUUCUCAUCUCCCUUCUGCUCUCCUUCCUUUGUACAUUGCUUUUCAUUGGACAUCCUGAUAAGGUAACUUGUCUUCUUCAACAACCAACCUUUGGCAUUAUCUUUUGUGUGGCAGUUUCUUGCAUGCUGGCCAAAACAGUCACUGUGAUUAUAGCUUUCAUGACCACCAAACCAGGAUCCAGAAUUCAGAAAUGGAUAGGGAAAAAACUGAGUGGCUUCAUUGUCCUUUUCUGUGCCUUCAUCCAAGCUGCUAUUUGUACUAUCUGGCUGGCAACCUUUCCUCCCUUUCCAGAUUUUGACACGUAUUCAGUAACUGGAGAAAUCAUUGUGGAAUGCAAUGAGGGAUCAUUCAUCAUGUUUUACUGUGUACUGGGCUUUGUGAGUUUCCUGGCCCUUGUCUGUCUCACUGUAGCAUAUUUAGCCAGGAAGUUACCUGACACUUUCCAGGAAUCCAAAUCUAUCGCUUUUAGUAUGUUGUUAUUUUGUAGUGUUUGGUUGACCUUUAUUCCUACCUAUCUUAGCACCAAGGGGAAAUAUAUGGUGGCGGUGGAGGUCUUCUCCAUUUUGGCUUCCAGCGCUGGAUUAUUGGUCUGUGUAUUUUUUCCAAAAUUUUAUAUCAUUUUGCUGAGGCCUCAUCUGAACAAAAGAGAACAGCUGAUAAUUAGAAAAGAGUGGAACAUGAAGGAUGAAGAAUGA